GCUGCAGGAGAAGGAGGAGGAGGAGGAGGAGGAGGAGGCCAUCCCCAGCAGCAGCAGCAGCAGCAGCAGCCCGUCGGCGGGGCCAUGGUGGCCGCUGCCCCCUCUGCAGCUGCGGCCAUGAGGAAGAGCUUCCUGGUGCCCGAGAUCAAGCCCCUGGACCAGUACGACUUCGCCCGCGCACGCAGCGCCGCCAGCCUGGCCUGGGUCCUGGCCAAGGGCUACGGCGGAGCAGAGCAUGUCCCAGCUGAGCUGCGUGAACCCUUCUAUACGGACCAGUAUGAACAGGAGCACAUGAAACCUCCCCUCAUCCGUCUCUUACUUUCAUCUGAUAUCUAUUGUCGUGCCUGGCGCCAGGCCUUGCCUUCAGGUCCUGAUGGCAACCCAUCCCCCAAGGACAAUGCUGCUUUGCUGCAACUUCUGGCCCGUCGUGGCUUGGUGCCCACCUUCCAAGAAAAGCCUGUAAAGGAAGCAGACCUGCACCACAAACCAAUCAGGCUGGCUGCACACUUGGCACUGAUUGACUCAUUGAUGACAGCUUAUGCGGUGGAAGCCACCAGCUCCUUGAGUGUUGCACCAGGGACUGAUCCAGUUGCCAUCUCCUGGGACCAGAAACUUCUCCACUGGAUAGAUGUGAUCAUCCACAAGAUACAGCAAAGUGCCGAACAAGAAAGUUCUCAGCGGUCUGCUCCUGGUACAGAUGGCCAGAGCCAGGCUUCCAGUAGUGGUCCCAAGUGUCCCACAAGGUGGUACUGGAAACUGGUUCCUCAUGCCAUCGCUUUUUGUUUGAAGGAGUCGGGGAAUAAGCCUCCUGUGAUCCGCUAUCGGAAAGACAAAGCCCUGCCCAAACAGACCCCCUGUUUCUCUGCCAUUGCGGGUAUGAAGGACCUGGCCAGCGGGGGUGCCAUUGCUGCCACCAUCCACUACUACUGCCCCCAGCUCAUACGCCUUGAGGAUGUAUGCCUGAAGGAGACAAUGUCUGUGGCAGACAGCCUCUACAACCUGCAGCUAAUCCAAGGCUUUUCUUCAGACUACUUGGGUGGCACCUGUUUUCUCUCCUUGGAGGACUUGCUCUACAUGCCACCUGCUCUGAAGAUAAAUGUGGGGGUGUUUCUGGCAGAGUUGUUCCUGUGCUUUGAGGUACUUAAGCCAGAAUUUGUGUGCCCAAAGGAGCUGCCCAGACUUCAAGAUUCUCCUGGGUUGAAUGACUCUUUGACGCCAAACAGUGGGAACAACAGCAGCUCCCCAGUGUUCAACUUCCGUCACCCACUGUUGCCUGGGGGGCAGGCACAGUCUCCACUCUGUGGUUCCUUAGGUUCUUUGCAUCAUUCCACGUCCAUGUCCCAUGUGGAGGGCUUUGGUAAAGCAUGGAGCAAGAAACAGCUCAGUCAUCCUUUGUCUCAAGCAGUCUCAUUCAGCAUCCCCUUUGGUCUGGACAGCGAUGUGGACAUUGUGAUGGGCAAUCCUGUGGGCAUCCUUCGCUCUGUCAGUUCUGAUAGCCUGGCCCCUGCCCUUUACUCCUCCUUGCCUCGCUCCCCACGCCCACGGGCCAGCGAAGUAGUUGAGGCCCCAAAUGGGCUAGUGGCACCAUCACUUCAUGGUGGGCACAAGAGCCAAGAGGGGCUGGCCCUGGAGAAUGGGCUGACUGAUGGGUACUCAGACCUGCCCACCAUUGAGGAAGCCUUGCAGAUCAUCCACAGCAGUGAACGCCUGCUCCCUGAGGGAGCCCCUGAUGGCUUCUACUUGCACUCACCAGACCCACCUAAAGCCUCUGUGCCAGAGAAGGUGCCCAUGUCCACAGUCUACCGCUGCCACAAUGGACCACCUAAUGGUGGGGAGCCAGCCCAGGAUGGUAGUUUGGACUCUGAUGCUGAGGAGGCUGCCCGGCCCCCAGGUGGCCCAGAUGACUCCACCUCCUGCGUGAGUUCACUGAGCUCGCAGCCGGACAGCACGGCGUCAUCCACUUCUGGCGUGCGUAUGACCAGUUUUGCGGAGCGCAAGAAGAAGUUGGCAGCCACAGAUAGCAAGUCUAGUGGGAUCAGCUCUGAGGGUUCAGAGACUGGGCCUGCACAACCUGACGAAAGCCCUGCCCAAAGCCCUGCCCUCAGCUCAGAGAUGAGCCAGUUGGGGGCCCGCCUGGAGGAGAAGCGUCGCGCCAUUGAGGCUCAGAAGAAGCGCAUUGAAGCUAUCUUCACUCGGCACCGCCAGCGUUUGGGCAAGAGCGCCUUCUUGCAACUUCAAAAAGCACCUGACUCCCAGGCACAGCUGGAGGACAGCCGGCUCACCCUAGAAGAGCGUCUUGCCCAACUGGAGGCAGAGGAUGAGGCUGGAAGCCCCCGGACACGCUUGGAGAACAAGCAGGUGACUUUCUCACCUGAUAUUACUAAGGGAGCACUUGAUGAGAACCUGGGCGACUACAAUCGGGCGGUGGCCAAGCUUAACACUGCUCUGAGUUCCCUGCAGAUGGACAUGCAGCGCCUAAGUGAGCAACAGCAGCGCCUCAUGCAGGAGAAGAAGCCCAGUGCCCAAGCCUGGGUGAUCCCAGCCCCAAGGGCCAGCCGUGAGGGUGCUCCAACCCGCUCUUCCCUGGAACUCUCCUCUCCUUCACCUUCGCCAUCCCCUUCCCGCAAAUCUCGUUCACCUCAGCCCACCCCCAAGAAGUCCCCGGCCCCUGCUCCCCCCAAGAGCCCCAAGCACACCCGGCCAGUUGAGCUAAAGCUACCGCCCCUCACACGGGUUUUGACACCUCCCCACAAUGUGGACAACCUUCCACACCUCCGCAAAUUCUCACCCAGCCAAGUGAAUGUGCAGACUCGUUCCUCGAUCCAUUUUGCUGAGGAUGAGGAGCUGCCUGUGCCAGAGGCAGAGGCUCAGAAUAAUCUGCGGCCUGUUGCCUCAGUACCUCCCCAGGGGGGCAAUGCCCGUGUUUCAGGUGAUGGCACCAGUGAUGUUUCCUCACCCAGCGAUCGGCGCAGUAGCCUGAUUGAAAUCCCUCUGUCCAGCUUGAAAGGGGAGGAGGAAGAUGAUAUGGAUGGUGAUGACUCCCUGGAGGAAUCUAUUGCAGAGACACUGGAUUCUGAGCCCCGCUCCAGUCUGGGCUUCUUCUUCAAGGAUGAGGAGAAGGCUGAAGAGGAGAUGGCACAGAAGCGUGCCACCUUCCUAGAAAGGCAGCAGCGGCGCACUGAGGAGGCCCGGCGCAGGAAGCAGUGGCAGGAGGAGGAAAAAGAGCAGAAGAAAGAGGAGACCAGGCUGCAGACUGAAGAGCGUUCACGACAAGAGGAGGAAGUCGGGCCAAGGCGUGGCGACUUCACCCGCCAGGAGUACCUACGGCGUCACCAGCUCAAGCUGAUGGAGGACCUAGACAAGGUGCUGCGGCAGAAGCCCACCACAGUGCGUGCCCUGAAGAAGGGUCGGCCCAAGACAGUUUUCUGUGAUGAUUCUGCUCUUGCCCGCAGCCCAGUAAAAGGGCUCCUUGGAUCCAAGCUCAGCAAAGUGUAUUCCCAAUCCACUCUUUCACUUUCAACAGUAGCUAAUGAUCCUGGCAAUUCACUUUCCCUCAAAAGGUCUUCGCGAGCUGCAUCCCCUUCUGGGCCAAUGUCUCCCAGCCGGUUGCUUUCAAACCAGAGCAGGGAGCGUGACUGGGAGAAUGCUUCAACUGCCUCCUCACCUGCUUCUAUUCCAGAAUACACUGGGCCCAAGCUGUACAAGGAACCCAGUGCCAAGUCCAAUAAAUACAUUAUCCACAAUGCCCUGUCUCACUGCUGCCUUGCUGGCAAAGUCAAUGAGCCCCAGAAAAACCGCAUCCUGGAGGAAGUUGAGAAGAGUAAAGCCAAUCACUUCCUCAUUCUCUUCCGUGAUUCAAGCUGCCAGUUCCGAGCGCUCUACACACUGUCUGGGGAGACGGAUGAACUGACCCGUUUGGCAGGCUAUGGUCCGCGCACCAUCACCUUGCCCAUGAUUGAAGGCAUCUACAAGUACAGUUCUGAUCGCAAGCGCUUCACUCAGAUUCCCAGCAAGACCAUGUCCAUGAGUGUGGAUGCCUUCACCAUCCAAGGCCACCUCUGGCAGACCAAGAGGCCAGGCACCCCCAAGAAGCCUGGUACUCCCAAAUAGCCAUGAUCAGCAGAGCUUGGUGUCUACUGUCUCUACCUGAACUUUGGGCUGUUGUUAAGUUGCCAGCCCAUGGGGCCUUCCAUGAUGGGUGGCUUGAGUAGACAGGGCUGCAUAUCUUGGCAUGGACCAGUGCUGUCUCUGGAUCAGAACCACCUGGGAGUCUUUUGUAUAUUUUGGUGCCUGCUCUGAGGAUGAGGCAGCUUUUGACUAUUUGCUUUGGGUGUGUGGGAAGAAGCAAAGAGGACAGAUGCUCUGGAAACUGCCAAAUCCCAUGCUAAGCUAGAGGCUCAAGAGUUGCCAUAGUGACACUGCCCUACAUAGGGCCUGGGGCUUCAAGCUCAGUCUGCCUCCAGCCCCCAUCUGAAUGUCAGGCCACAGCCAGAGCAACUACAGGGUCCCAUUUUCUGACUCUUGCUUGCCCAGAUCCUCCCUGGUUCUGGCUAGGUUUCUCAUUGCCUGGCUGUCCUUGUUUAUAUUUAUACAUACUAUACAUAUAUAUAUAUAUAGGAGCUAUUUAAUGAUUUUUCAAUUUGUAUAUAAAAAGGAGCAAAUUGGAACAAUGGGGCUGGGUGAAUUUAUAUAUGAGGUUGGCAUGGCGGGGGUAGCACAGCAGGGUGUGUGUAUGUAUGUUCCUUCCUUCAGUGUCUUUCUCUCUUGAUAGGUUUUUUAGUCUACUCCCCCUUGUGCACAAGGGCUAUUUGGCAUAGGGAAAGGGCUGUUACAUGGGAUAACUUUUUAGCAGACUUUUUUGGGGUGUCAGAUUAACCAGCAGGGAGCCUGUCUUUCUGGUGAGGCAGAGCAUGCUUUAGCUGGCCACUUUCCUUUGAAUGAUGGGAAGCUGGCUGUUCCUGUAGUCACAGAGCAGGCCUUUGUGAGUCCUAAACUGAACUGCCAAAAGAAAGUGGGCACCUACCACUCUAGGGCAAAGUGAGCUCCCAGCUCUACUCCCUUCCCUAACUGCUAGGCGCCAAGGCUGAGUAGGCAGUGAAUGUAGGUUGCUCCUUUACUCCCUUUCAAGAGACAGAGGAUGAUUGGGCCCAGGUGCUCCUAUGUUCCCCACCACCCCCACCUUGUUUUUUAGGCCCUUCUAUAUUUCCUAUCUACUUGCUCUCAAGGCAGAGUAUGUGGGAUACUGUCACUCAUGUUUUAUUCCCCAGCCUGAUUCUUUCCUUCUAUUCCUAGUUUCUCGUGGUUGCUUGUUGCUGACUGAAUGUUAUGUAGGUGUUUGGGGGUUCCGUAUAGUACAGGGUUGGUGUAAAAAGUGGAUGGGGAUUUUGCCCUGGCUGCUUAAUAAAGUAACUUAAAUGA